UCAAAUGUGAACCACAAUUUUUUUGUCAAAAAAAAAAGAGAGAAAAUAUGAAUCACAUUUUCAAAAUUGCAACACGUUUCUUCCCCCUUUUAUAUUGGGAUUUGGUAAUUGAUUCUUCUUCGCGAAAGAGGGUGAGAGAGUGAAGGACUGAGUUGCAAUGGCGGAAGUGAGCAAUAAGCAGGUGUUGCUGAAGGACUAUGUGUCUGGUUUUGCCAAAGAAUCAGACAUGGUCAUAACCUCUUCCACUAUCAAACUUAAGCUUCCAGAAGGUUCCAAAGGAGUUUUGGUGAAGAAUCUUUACUUGUCUUGCGAUCCGUACAUGCGACCCCGUAUGAACAACCAAAACAAAGGCUCUUAUGUCGAGCCCUUCAAGCCUGGUUUUCCUAUCACUGGAUAUGGAGUUUGUAAAAUUUUGGAAUCUGGGGAUCCAAACUUCAACGAAGGGGACUUGGUUUGGGGAAUGACAGGGUGGGAAGAGCAUAGCAUUAUAAAUGCAACACACACACUGUUAAAAAUUCAUAAUACCGAUAUGCCUUUGUCUUAUUAUACUGGCUUUCUCGGUAUGCCUGGUAUGACUGCUUAUGCUGGUUUCUUCGAGAUUUGCUCUCCGAAAAAAGGGGAAUAUGUGUUUAUUUCUGCAGCAUCAGGAGCAGUUGGUCAGCUUGUUGGGCAGUUCGCAAAGCUCUUGGGUUGCUAUGUUGUUGGGAGUGCUGGAAGCAAAGAUAAGGUUGAUUUGUUGAAGAACAAAUUUGGCUUUCACGAAGCUUUCAAUUAUAAAGAAGAGCCUGACUUGGAUGCCGCGUUGAAAAGGUAUUUUCCAGAAGGAAUAGAUAUAUACUUUGAGAAUGUUGGGGGAAAGAUGCUUGAUGCUGUUCUACAAAACAUCAGGGCCCACGCCCGAAUUGCAGUUUGUGGAAUGAUUUCACAGUACAACCAGGAACAACCUGAAGGUGUCCAUAAUCUUAUGAAUCUUGUCUGGAAAAGAGCUCAAAUGGUAGGAUUUUUGGUUUUCGAGUAUUAUCACCUAUACCCCAAGUUUCUUGAAUUUAUUCUGCCUUACAUCAAAGAAGGAAAUAUUGUGUAUGUGGAAGAUGUUGCUGAAGGGCUGGAGAGUGCCCCAGCUGCUUUGGUAGGGCUCUUCACUGGUCGCAACAUUGGAAAACAGGUAGUUCUAGUCGCUCGGGAUUGAGUUGCUUUGUUAGCAUCAAUGUUAUCAUAAGGCUCAAGCAUACCUCAAACUGAAUGGUUUAUACUUGCACUGUGUCUUUUUCAUGUUUCACACAGUACCGUUUUGGCAAGUUGCUUUGUUUACUAUAUUUGAGACCCCCUUAAGUCAUAUUUCUGAUGAGUUAUUAUUUGUUUCCUUUCUAUUAUCCUGGGUGUGUCAAUAAGUUGAAAAGCUGUAGUGUAUUUUGUUUAAUGUAUUUUAUUUAUUGCAAUAGAUGUAAAACAAGGGAAUAUUAUGUUCU